UCUUCGCCUCUGGUUCGAAAUUUUCAAACCGAUCCGAAAAACAUAAAGACAAGACCGAAUAAAGACCGAGGAACAGGGGAAGCGGUAGACAGAAGACAGAAGACAGAAGAACAGAAAAUAACAAAAAUCCAUUUCUAUAUACCCAACAUCGACAUCGACAUCGAGAUCGAGAUGUGUAUAUAAACGCAGUUCCUGCUCGUAGACCGGUCGUCCGUAGCAUCGUUGUGUUCCACAGUUCCAAAGUUCAGUGAGUGGACAAAAGAAGAAUCAAGUGGGGAGAAUCCAAAUUCGAGUCCUGCGCGUGGAAUAAAGAAUCACCCGAAGAUUUGUUGUAAUGGUUGACAGGCGCUGGAUUUUCUGUGAGAGCGGCGAGGAUCCAAACUUCAGGAAGGAGCACUACGAGUAUACCCAAAGCCAGCACCGAUAAAUAGCGUUUUCUAAAGCCAAAAGCGAAUCCAAAAUCCCCUCGAAGAAGUCCAUUCAACUUGCUGCAAAUAUUUGUGCCAACGAUCUCAUUUGCAACCGCAAAAUAAUCAAAACAUAACAAAACAAAAAGAAUUUAAAAAUAAAAAAAA